UAGGCCGUCGCUGCGGUCUGCGCGGAGAUCCGCCUCGGUCGGUGGGUAAAGGGCUCGCCGGGCAUCGCUUCGAGAGCGAUGGAAGCUAAAUCCUCGCUCUGGCCUUGUACAGCUCUGUCUGCUGCGUGGUUCCUCGGAGGCUGGCUGUGCGCUGAGGCGCUGUCUGUGCUCGGAAGAUAAUGAGUAGCAUGGAGGCUGGCUGGCUGACAGCCAAAUUGCUAAUAAAAAGAGGAAAACAAACUGAGAGGAAUCGUUCCUGCGCCUUAGCAGAUCGGAACGCUGAACCUCCUUUGCGUGCAUUAGUUUUCAGUUCAGUGGAUAGAUCAUAGAUGGAGAUUCGGAUAUUAAAUAAAAUAUGCUGUUGUCAAUAGGAAUGCUGAUGUUGUCUGCUACUCAGAUAUACACUAUUUUGACUGUUCAGUUAUUUGCUUUCCUGAAUCUUUUACCUGUGGAGGCAGAUAUUUUAGCAUAUAACCUUGAAAAUGGAACCCAGACCUUUGAUGAUCUACCUGCUAGAUUUGGCUACAGACUGCCAGCAGAAGGCUUGAAGGGGUUCCUAAUAAAUUCAAAACCAGAGAAUGCAUGUGAGCCUAUAGCCCCACCUCCAUUCAAAGACAACUCGACCAGUGUUUUUAUUGUGUUAAUUCGAAGGCUGGAGUGUAACUUUGAUACCAAGGUUUUAAAUGCACAGAGAGCUGGAUACAAGGCAGCUAUAGUUCACAAUGUUGAUUCUGAUGACCUCAUAAGCAUGGGAUCCAACGACAUUGAGGUUUUAAAGAAGAUUGACAUUCCUUCUGUCUUUAUUGGUGAGACAUCAGCUAAUUCUCUUAAAGAAGAGUUUACUUAUGAAAAGGGUGGCCAUGUUGUGUUAAUCCCAGAGUUCAGUCUUCCUUUGGAGUACUACUUAAUCCCUUUCUUAAUAAUAGUAGGGAUCUGUCUUAUUCUCAUCGUCAUAUUUAUGAUCACAAAAUUCGUGCAAGACAGACACAGAGCAAGAAGGAAUCGGCUUAGGAAGGAUCAGCUUAAGAAACUUCCUGUACAUAAAUUUAAGAAAGGAGAUGAAUAUGAUGUAUGUGCUAUUUGUCUGGAUGAAUACGAGGAUGGAGACAAGCUCAGAAUCCUUCCGUGUUCUCAUGCAUAUCACUGCAAGUGUGUGGACCCGUGGCUGACAAAAACAAAAAAAACAUGUCCUGUAUGUAAGCAGAAAGUAGUCCCUUCUCAGGGGGACUCUGACUCUGAAACAGACAGCAGUCAAGAAGAGAAUGAAGUAUCUGAAAAUACUCCUUUGCUUAGACCAUUAGCCUCAGUUAGUACUCAGUCAUUCGGGGCUUUGUCAGAAUCGCAUUCCCAUCAGAACAUGACCGAGUCCUCAGAAUAUGAGGAAGAUGACAAUGACAAUAUUGAUAGCAGUGAUGCAGAAAAUGGAAUAAACGAAGAAAGUGUAGUGGUUCAACUACAGCCCAAUGAUGAAAGGGAGUACAGAGUGGCAAAUACUGUUUGAGACUACUAAUGCUGAAUAGUGUAUGAACAAAAGAGUUCUUAAGGCUAUACGUUACAAACCUUUAUGUAGGGAAUAUAUUUUAAUCUGUAAUCUAUUUGGUUUCUUCAAUAGGAGCAGCAGUUCAUGUAGUAGUACUAUGGUUAAAUCAUUACAGAUAGAUUUAUUUUUGAUUCAGGUAUUGUCACACGUUCUGUCUUCUCAAAAUGAACAGUUUAACUGGACUUCACAAUGCUAAUGAAUAAUGUUAAUAGUUUAUAUCAAUAGAAAUACCACACAGACUCUAAAUGUAUCUUGCUGAAAUGGGAUUUACCUGGAAGUAAUUUUUUUCCAUUUUGUAGCUACAACUGGGUCAUACUGAUAGCAAUAUUUAUUACAUGUAUGGUAUGUGUUACCCCUCAAGUCCAACAAAAAAUGUAUUUGCAUGUGUGUAUAGAGUUUUCCUAAAAACUGUCACCACUACUGAAAGAAAAAUGUAGAACAGAUCAAUAUUCUAUAAGCUGGUGUAUCAGAACAAAGCAGAAGAAAUUCCACUUUUAUCUCAAAGCAGCGAUUCCAAAUAAUCCUUUGGAGUUUGCCACAGUAUCUGAGUUUAAGCAGUUCCACUAAGCAAUUCCUAGGAUAAGGAAACUUAGAACAUAUGUUUAGUUUUGAGCAAUUCACAAGGUAAGAUCCACCAUAAACACAUUAAUUAUCCCUACUUGCUACUAUGAGGUAGUCUGGUUUCCAGCAAUGAUGGGGGAGUUGGGGUGGGGGGAGCGUGCGAUCAAAACAGAGGUUUUGUUCCACAUAGAAAAAUAAUUUUAGGUAAGUAUUCUAUUGAUCCUCAACUCAUAUACCUCUUACUAAAGAGCAUUUUAUGCUGCAUUAGUCUGCUAAACUAUGUAUAUAAAAAAAUUGUUCUUUUCAAGUACCGGAUUUGAAAACAAGUGCUUAUAACUGUUUAACAGAACUCAGUACUUACCAGUGUAUCAUGAAAAAAAUGCUAUAUAAUACCUCUGUAACUAUGUAGAAAGUAAAAACAUACGUAUACUCAAAAUGCAGAGAUUUUUUUUAUAUGGCCUUGAAUAAGGAAAGCUUGAAAGAAUGUUAAUAAACAUGUUUUCCACUUUAA